AUGUCGGCAGAGCACGAUCACGACCACGACCACGACCACGAGGUCGCCGGCGAUGACGUCGAGCUCCGUGACGAGGAUGUCGUUGAGAUUGUGGAGGAUGACGGACCCGCCGGCGAGCCGAUGGACGACGACGACGACCUCGCCGGGUACGAUGGCGAGAUUGUCAUUGGCGGCCCUGGCCCCGACGACGAGGACAUGGAGGAGGUGGAGCAGAUUGAGAUUGAAGACAACAGCUGGGGUGGUAGCUCCGCGCACGAGUCUGGACAGUCCAUCUUUGCUCUUCACCUGCACCCGGCGUUCCCCAACCCCCCUCUAGCCGUGAGCGGUGGCGAGGACGACAUGGCCUUCAUCUUCUCGCCUGUCCCCGCCGCUUCGGGCAGUGAGAUCAACUCGGACUCGUUCACACCCAUCCCCCUGGCCGGCCACACCGACUCGGUUGUCGCUGCCGAGUGGAGCCACGAUGGCAACAUGGUUGCUACUGGUGGCAUGGACGGCAAGGUCCGCGUGUACAAGCGCGGCAACGCUGAGAGCUGGACCGAGUGGCCCCUCGCCGUCGAGGUGGAUGCCGGAAGCGAGGUGCAGUGGGUGCACUGGCACCCCCGCGGCCCCGUGCUUGCUGCUGGUUGCGAGGACUCGAGUGUUUGGCUCUGGCAGAUGCCCUCUGGCGAUGUCAUGACCGUCCUCUCGGGCCACACCUUCCCCGUUACCGCCGGUGUCUUCCCCCCUCCCGCCGGUCGCCAGAUUCUCACUGCUUCGCUCGACAGUACCCUCAUCCUCUGGAACCCCUCGACCUCGGUGCCCAUGUUCAAGACCUCGGUCUUCUGCCCCCCCAACUUCCCCGAGCUCGACCCCGCCGAGCACGGUAUCACCGCCUUGGCCGUCGCCCCUGCAGGCAACCUCGCCGCCGUCGGCUCGGCCUCGGGCCAGGUCAAGGUCGUCUCCCUCCCCAAGGGUGAGGUCGUGAGCAAGUUUGAGGGUCACGCCGAGGGUGAGAGUGUCGAGGCCCUCGCCUUUGUCGACGUCCUCGGCGGCGCCGGCGGUGGUAAGGGUGUCGUCCUCGUCUCGGGUGGUACCGACGGCAAGGGCUUUGUCUGGGACGUCGCUACCAGCAAGGUGCGCGCCGAGCUCAAGCACGAUGAACCCAUCACCUCGCUGGCCGUGCACCCCGCGCCUGCGCACUACCUCGUCACCUCGGCGAGCGCGGACCGCACUCUCAAGACCUGGGACGUGCGCACUGGUGCUCUGAUUGCCGAGCACAAGGGCCACGGCGGCGUUGUCAACGGCGUCGCUGUUGCUCCUGCCCCCGGCGCCGAGCCUUCCUCCAACGGCCUGCCUGCUGCGCAGGCGAUUGUGUCUGGUGGUGACGAGGGUGUGUCGCUCGUCUGGCGCAUCUAG